AUAAGAUAACAGUCAUCUCCUGACGUAAAGCAGAUUGGUCUCAGACUCUGUGGUGGCAAGAUGUGGGUUACGGGGUUGGUCCUUCUGUGCCUCGGGGCGGUACGUGGCUUGGAUCCGCUGGUGGAGACGCAGGCCGGCCUCAUCCGAGGGUUGAGGGCUGAUGAUGGGGAGUAUUCCAUGUUUUUGGGGAUACCUUACGCGCAAGUCCAGGAGGACAAUCCUUUUGGGGCAUCCAUCCCUCAACCUAAGUUCGACUCAGUUUUUGACGCGUCCGACGACUCUGCCAUCUGCCCUCAAGUGGAAGAAUUUGGUAAAACAAUAGUUGGUACUUUGGAUUGUCUCCACUUAAACGUCUACGUACCCAACAAAGCAAGUUCUAGAAACAGACUGCCUGUGCUGGUCUGGAUCUAUGGAGGUGGAUUUUCCUACGGUUUCGCUAACAGAUUCCUCUACGGUCCUAAAUAUCUAGUGAGGCAUGACGUCAUCCUGGUAACCUUGAACUACAGAGUGGGACCGUACGGAUUUUUCUGUCUCGACACACCAGAGAUACCAGGAAAUCAGGGCCUGAAGGACCAGGUGUUAGCAUUGCGUUGGAUUAGAGAAAACAUAGCUUCAUUUGGUGGCGAUGUGAACAAAGUCACGGUUAUGGGCGAAAGUGCUGGGGCUGCUUCAAUCGAAUACCAUCUCGUGUCACAGCAGGAGACACUUUUCAACCAAGCAAUUAUACAAAGUGGCACAAUCCUCCUUCCUGGUCUCUUGGAAGAAACAGGCAGAAGUAAAGCUCUGAGCAUCGCCCAGAAACUAGGCUUCGAAACAGAAGACAUAAAUGAAGCUGUGGCGUUCCUUACGCAGACUGAUGUCAAACUGGUCAUAGCAGCCACAGACGAAUUGGGUUUAUCAAGUAGACCAUGCGUAGAAAAAGAAUUCGAAAACGUCGACAGCAUUAUGACAGAGCAUCCAAUAAAUAUAGAUAGACCUAAAGUAAGAAACAUGCCUGUAUUGGUUGGUUUUAAUAACAAGGAACGAUUAACAAAAUUCGCUACCAUGUCUGCUGAACAAUUCAAGAACCGUAAUUUCUUCGAAGAAUCUUUGCAAAAGAAAUUUGUCUAUGACGAAGAUUUCAAAGCAAUGGAAGACAUUGUGAGACGCUUCUACAUAGGUGACGAGCAGAUAACCGAAGCAUUAUCCGCCAACAUAACAGACUUCGAUUCGGAUUACGACUUCGCUUUUCCCAUACAAAUGAGCAUACAAAAGUACCUCGAGGGCGGCGCCAAAGAUGUGUAUUACUACAUGUUUUCCUACAGCGGUGAUAGAAAUUUUGUUAAGAAACGGUUUAAUGUCACCGAACCAGGGGCGUCGCAUGCCGAUGAAAUAAGUUACUUAUUUGAUUUGUCGUACGAGGACGAGGCGCCGUCUGCAGCAGAUCAGCUGGUCAUCGAUCAGAUGACAACUUUAUGGACGAACUUCGUAAAAUAUGGGGAUCCGACUCCAGAGACGUCCGAGCUUCUGCCGGUGAAGUGGUCGCCCAUUAGCGAGCAAACCUACACGUAUCUGAACAUAGACCACCAGCUGUCAGUUGCCACACGCCCCUACCACGAUCGCAUGGCCUUCUGGGAGCUUUUCUAUGAGACCAACAAGCACAAGCUGAAGGGGUAUCCGGAAAACUAACCAAAAAUUCCUAGAAUUCGUGUAAAUGUCACAUCACACAAGGAAAUAUGUCAUGUUUAAUCUUGCUGUUGUAAAUAAACUGUGAACAUUUA